AAAUAUACUGUUACAGCAAUCUAAAUUCUGUUUGGUGAUACGUGGUGCAAGACUAGGACAACCAACCCUCCUGGAGGCAAUGGCAGCGGGUUGUGUUCCGGUGAUUUGUGCAGAUUCACUUAUCAUGCCCUUUAGUGGUGUUCUGGACUGGAAGAGAGCUGCUGUAAUUAUUACUGAAGCUGAUCUUGGCAGGCUUACUGAAAUACUGUCCAGUGUGUCAGAUGAACGGUUGGAAGACCUGCGCGCUCAAGGCCAUUGGCUUUACCAUCGUUACUUUUCAACACUGAAAGCUAUUACAUUAACAGCACUGGACAUAAUAAAUGAUCGGGUAUUCCCUCAGUAUGCCAGAACGUAUGAUGAUUGGAAUAUGGCACCAAAUCCUCUUUCAACGAAAUCUCCUUUGUUCCUGCAGUUGACUGCACCUCGCUCACAAGGUUUCACAGCAGUAGUACUAACAUAUGACAGGGUAGAGUCUCUCUUUACAUUGAUACAGAAACUUGUGAAGGCACCAAGCUUAAAUAAAGUUCUAGUUGUAUGGAACAAUCAACGUAAAUAUCCACCACAUCCAUCAAUGUGGCCCAAAAUAAAUAAGCCUUUGAAGGUUAUUCAGACUAAAGAAAACAAACUAUCCAAUCGGUUCUAUCCAUACGAAGAAAUAGAAACUGAAGCCAUACUGACAAUAGAUGAUGAUAUUGUAAUGCUUACUGCAGAUGAACUGGAGUUUGGAUAUGAGGUGUGGCGAGAAUUUCCAGACCGUAUUGUUGGGUUUCCUUCACGAACCCAUGUUUGGGACAAUGUGACACAACACUGGAAAUAUGAAUCAGAGUGGACCAAUCAUAUAUCUAUGGUUCUGACUGGUGCUGCAUUCCACCACAAGUACUGGAGUUACCUGUAUACUACAGCAAUGCCAGGUCAUAUUAAGGAAUGGGUGGAUGAACACAUGAACUGUGAAGAUAUAGCAAUGAACUUCCUUGUUGCAAAUAUCACCAGCAAGGCUCCAAUAAAGGUUACACCAAGAAAGAAGUUUAAAUGUCCAGAAUGCACAAAUACAGAAAUGCUGUCAGCUGAUCUCAAUCAUAUGAUGGAAAGAUCACAGUGCAUUGAUAGAUUUGCUGCAGUGUAUGGAACAAUGCCUCUUCAGACAGUUGAAUUUAGAGCUGAUCCUGUUUUAUACAAGGACAAUUUCCCUGAGAAACUAAAAAGAUUCAAUGACAUUGGUAGUUUAUAAGUGAUUUUGUACAUGUAGCCACACCAUUAAUUUGGAGGACUAGUGUAGUGCCUGUAGAACCAGUGAUGAGAUAAUGUAAAAUUCGCAGACACUAAUAAUGUACUGUUGUGUUUGGAAGGAACGUGGUACAUUUCAGAAAUAUUUUUGUAUAAAGAAAAAGGUCAAAAGUGUGCGAGCGAGUGAGCAACAUUUUAUACUCUUUUGUUUAAAUUUUAUUCACGUGUUGUGCCAUAGAAUUUUAUUUAAUAAAAGUUUCAUUAUAACAGUUUUAUUAUUA